AUGUCGCGCUUAAGCAACAAGUGUUUAGUAGGGGCCUCAGCAGCAAGCCUCCGGCUAGCUGCAGGUUUGCUGCUGCUCUUUGCUGCUGCUGCUGCAGCUGUCUCUAUUAACAGCAAACACAUUCAGCUGUCUUUAAACCGUCUGAACCCUGUCUUGAAGAGCAGCAGCAACAGCAGCAGCAGGAGCAGCAGGAACAGCAGCAGCAGCAGUUUCAUCGAUGUCAACAGCGCUAUACCCCAAGACCUCCUUUUUCCCAGCAGCAGCAGCAGCAGCAGCAGUAUCAGCAGCAGGAGCAGCAGCAGAAGCAUUAAGAGGGGAGUCAACGGGGGUUUAUUAUAUGCAGGAGACAAUAUAUCUGCUGCUCUGCUGCAUCAAAAUGCAGCAAAUGGAGGUGCCUAUACACCUGAGAGUAUGGUUGAAGUAGCGGAUACUCGCGGUGUUUUAAAGAAAGCAAAGAAAGUUCUUAACAAGCGCAGCCAAGAGCGUUUGAUACAGCAGCAGCUGCAGCGACAAAGUGCAGCAAUAUCUCGACAAAUAGCAGAAACAAUCGGACUAAGAAAUGAGCUUGCUGCUGUUCAAGAUACAGUUCAAGGAGAAGUCUUUGUAGGUGUAAAAGAAAAGAAACAUACUGUCUCCUUUGCUGUCUCCUUCGGCCCUCUUUGGCUGUAUGCGCAGGUUGAAGCUGCAAUAGGGCGUCCUUAUACUGUACGCUUCCCUGUAUCGUCUUUAUUAUCUGCAGAUAUAUCAGUAAAUGAUAUUAAAAAAGAAUUAAUAGAUGCUGAAAAUCAAAGAAAGCUGCUGCCGAGGAGUAUACGCAGCAGCACUGUUGCUGUCAAUGGCUGGGGGUCUCUGUCUUCUGCUGCUGAAAGAAAAUUCGUGCUGCAGCUAUUAAAUGUUGCUGUUGUUAAUGUAGGAGAAGCAUUAGAGCCGCUUCAAGCGCCUCUUUCACAACUUCCUGUUGCUGCUCUUGCUGCUGAUGUUCUUGUUUAUCUAAGCAGACGUGCUGCUGCUUUUGCUGCACUUGCUGUUAAAAAGAAUGUGUUUUUCUUUAAUGCUAAUGCUGCUUCGUUUUGGUUGACAAGAAGAGGCUCUGUAAAGUUUGCAGACACGAAAGGAGCAGUAGCAGCAAAGACUAAAGCUGCUGCUGCUGCUGCUACUGCUGCAGCAGGAGGAGAACCGCACAAAAGGCUAGCUGGAGCUCUUGCUGCUGCUCUAUUCAAUCUAUGGUGUACGCCAGCACGUGCUGCUGCAGCACCAGCAGCAGAAGCAGCAGCAACACCCGCAGCACCAGCAGCAGAAGCAGAAGAAGCAGCAACUGCAACAGCAGCACCAGAAACAGCAGCAGCAGCAGCAGCAGAGCCGCAGGCUUCAUCCCAAGGCUUCGCCCAACUCCUAUCUAACGAGCCGACGCCUCAGCAGCAGACCCCUGAAACACAGCAGCAGCAGCAGCAGCAGCAGCCGGAGCAGGCUGCUCCCGCUGCUGCUCCUGAUGCUGGUGCUGCUGCUCCUCCUGCUGCUGGUGCUGGUGCUGGUGCUGCUGCUGUUGAGGAGACUGAAGGGACCCCGGAGGAGGAAUUGCUGCUGGAAGCAGAGCAGCAGCAGCAGCAGAAGCUGCUGCAAGGGUCGUGUCGAGACGCUUCCGUGCUGCAGCUAAUCAGGCAGCUAACUGCAGCACAAGGUACUGCAGCAGCAAUUUUGAGAGCUAAUGAAUACUUCAGCAGCAAAUAA